AUGAAGCUUUAUAAAUGCUUUAUAUCGUGUAUCCUAAGCUUUUUGUUUUGUGUUAACGGUCAAGUAAGUGAUGUUAUUGAUAAUAACUUGACUACGGAACAUUCGUUAGAGUUGACCCAGUCCUUGAACUUGGCAAGACAAGAACGUAUUCAAGAAGUAUGUAAUCGUUUAAAUUUGAAAUACAGUUUGGAAGAUAUACCUGAUAACCAACUGGAGCACAUUUUAAUUGAUGAAAGUCACAGAUUCCUAUACUGUUAUGUACCUAAAGUGGCAUGUACAAACUGGAAGAGAAUAUUGAUGAUACUGACCGGCAAGUGGAAUGACACAGAUGUGCUUUCUAUACCGGCACACCUGGCACACUCCCCGGGCAUGUUCAGGAACCUCAGCAGUGUGCCCAAAGAUCAAAGGAGUUACAUGUUGGAUAAUUUCCAAAAAAUGUUAAUUGUUAGGAACCCUUUUGAAAGGCUGCUGUCGGCGUAUAGAAACAAAUUAGAGGGGGACACACCGAGCGCUAAAUAUUUUCAGGACCGAGUCGGAAGGAGGAUAAUAAAGGCGUUCCGUGCUAACCCGUCCAACGAAUCCCUGGAGCUGGGGCACGACGUGAGCUUCAGGGAGUUCGCGCUGUUCCUAACGAGCCGCGCCGACGAGCUGGCGGACGUCGUCACCAACGAGCACUGGCAGCCCAUCACCAGCCUCUGCCAUCCGUGCCUCAUCAAGUACACCUUAGUUGGUAAGUACGAGACGUUGUUGGAGGACUCUGUGUUGUCGCUGCACAGCAUCAACGCGUCCCACGUCCAGUUCCCGCGGCUGGCGCACACCUCCGGCACCUCGGACAAGCUGCACAGGUACUACUCGCGUCUAGAGCUGCCCCUCGUCAGGAAACUGUACAAGCUGUACAAACGUGACUACGCGCUCUUCCACUACGACCUCGACAACAUUGUAGGCUUCGAUCUCGGGUAG